AUGGUGCACAUCAGCUGUGGACAGCGACAUGCCCUGGACGGACAGAGCCAGGCCAUGGCAGCAGCGUUGCGGCGCUUCUCCUUCUACAACAUCGAGGGUGGAGAAUUCGGCUGCCCCAUGUGCCGCUCAGUGGCCAACUGUUUGGUGCCUUGUGUGCCAGACAAGGAACUCUUUGAAUCACCGUCCUUCUGGGACGAGGCGGCGACACAUCCCGGGGCUGACAUCAAAGGCAUGUGUGGUAAAAAUGCGGCCUGCGCCAUGGCUAAUAAGCCACGUGGAGAAGUGUGGCACUUUGGCCGUUGGAACUGA